AUGAGAGGAAAGCGUUCGAAACAAUACCGCAAGCUCAUGGAGCAGUACUGCAUGACGUUUGGCUUUCGCGAGGACUACCAAGUUUUGGUGGACGCCGAGAUGGUAGAGGAUGCCUGUCGAUUCAAAAUGGACCUGACGGCAGGUUUAGAACGCACAGUACAUGGCAAAGUCAAACCUAUGAUUACGCAAUGCGAAAUCCGAAAACUAUACGAAAAGAAAAACGAGCCCGGCAUUCGCGACGCCAUUGAGCUCGCCAAGAAUUACGAGCGCCGGCGCUGCGGGCACCACCCGGACCAGUACCCGAAGCCGCUCUCGACGCUCGAGUGCCUGUCGUCGGUCGUGGACCCCAAGCAGACGGGGCAGAACAAGCACCGAUACGUGGUGGCGAGCCAGAGCCAGGAGGUGCGGCGGGCGCUGCGCGGCGUGCGCGCGGUGCCGCUCAUAUACAUCAAGCGCAGCGUCAUGAUCCUGGAGCCCAUGGCGGACGACAGCGCCGAGGUGCGUCUGCGCGAGGAAAAGGCCAAAUUUCGCGCGGAGCUCAAGAAGAGGACGCCGAGUGCCAAGCGGAAGCGAGAAGAGGGAAGCGACGAGGAGGAGGAGGGCGGCGGCGGCGGUGCCAAGCUGGGGAACGCCGAAGACAAGAAGAAGAAGAAAUUCGGCGUCGGCAAGGCGCCGAAUCCGCUAUCGGUGAAGAAGUCAAAGAAGAACCCGCAGCAGAUUGAGGAGGAGAAGAGGCGAAAGCAAAAGGAAGAGGCCAAGGCGGCGGCGGAGAAGCCCAAGAAGAAGCGCAGACGGAGGGCCAAGGGCAAUGGCGAUGGCGAAAGGGACGAGGCGACGGCAGAGAGUGGUACUGGUGAUGCUGGCGGUGAUGCCGGUGACGAGUAA